AGACCCUGAGCCUCGAGACGCGGAGCAUGACAGAAUGUUCCGCAAGCCUCGCGAAUCGCUGCACGUUGAGCUAGGGAGGAGGCCUACCUCGCCACCGACUGGAGACACGCACGCUGUUCCACCACCCUCUUCGAUGCGGAAGCCAGACUCGUCCGCCAUGUCUGCUCGAAUCAGGUCAGCCAGCAAGCCGACGCCGCUGCCCACAAUCGGACGACAAGGCCCCAGCAGUACUUCAAAGAAGUCUGGCACGCCCAAGAACAAGCUCGGCAGUAAGGGCAAUGCCAGCAUUCUCAGUUUCUUCAAGAAGUCCGACGACGGCGGUGCUGCUGAGCUGGGUCUUUUCGUGGAAGACAGACGGUCCUCUACAACUGUGGGGUCGCCAGCAGCCAGAGGCGACCAUGCUUCCGUUGCUGCCACGGAGGACUAUGCAGAGGACCACGCAGAUGGUACUGAUGGCUUGCGCUUCAACGAGCACGAUGGGCCCGUGAAGCGGCGCAAGAUGAGUACAGAUGAGGCACCUGAAGUGGGAACACGACCGUCAACACCAGCGGUCAAGCCGCGCAGUAGACGGAUAGGGCCAUUUUACGAGGAGUCGGACAGUGAGCUAGAAGAGGAAGCGCCAAUGGCCGUGACAGGCGCCGGUCAACACUCAGGCAGUGGGAUGGGAGCCGACAACACACCUCUACAGGAAGAGGCUUCAGAGGAGGCAUCGGCACGGCCACUUGCUUCAGGGGAGCAAUGUGACGGGCCCGCGUUGAUCAAGCAAGAAACCAGCUUCGAUCCCGGUCUGGACGAGUUCGAUGAGUUUGGAGACGGCGAUUUUGACGAGGAUCAAUUUGAGGGUGGUGACGAGUACCGUGAGCGUCGUUAUAUGGAAGCACAAGCUCGUUUUGAGGCCGAACAUGAUGAGAAGGAUUAUGAUCCAUUACCUUCGGACAUCAACGUGAAAAGUGAGACUGUCGAUCACAUUACAGAUGGUCCUGGCGAGGCUCCUCCAUGUCCGAUUUGUGGCAUCAGUCUGGACGGCGUCAGUGAAGAGCAAGCUGGCGUGCAUGUGAAUAAAUGCUUGGAUGGCAAUUGCACACCACUGCCGGCAUCGGUUAAUAGACAGCAGCACAUUCCCCCCUCAGACGUGCCACUCAAGUCUGAGGAAAGUAGUUCCGUCACCCAAUAUCGACGUCCUGUCCGGCCACCUCGACCGGGCCAGGCAAAUCCAUUUAGCCUGGGAGAACCAGACGCCAAAGCAGUCGGCGGCGGCUCGGCGUUCAACAAGCUAAUGUCCAGCCACACCGAGGAGACUGCUUGGGCUGAAGCUGCAGCAUCUGAGAGUGCGGCACGCGGGAAGCCCUCGUAUCAGCGGACGUGUCCAUUCUACAAGAUCUUGCCCGGCUUGUUCAUCUGCGUGGACGCCUUCAGAUACGGCGCUGUGCAGGGCUGUCAGGCGUAUUUCCUCAGCCACUUUCACAGUGAUCAUUACAUUGGCCUGACAUCCACUUGGACCCAUGGUCCCAUUUACUGCUCCAAAGUCACAGCGAACCUGGUAAAGCAGCAAUUACGUGUGGAUCCCAUAUAUGUGGUACCUCUAGAAUUUGAACAGCAGGUGGAAGUGCCAGGCACUCGAGGAGUCAAGGUCACAAUGAUCUCAGCGAACCACUGUCCUGGUUCAUCCCUUUACCUGUUUGAAAAGACGCUCGGGGUCAAACAGAACGGCGAAGCUCGUGCGCAGAGAAUCCUUCACUGUGGAGAUUUUCGAGCCUGCAAGAUGCAUAUCGAGCACCCUUUACUGAUGCCGGAUGUGCUGGACAAGGUGAGUGGAAAGACGAAAGAGCAGAAGAUUGAUGUCUGCUAUCUGGAUACCACGUAUCUCAACCCGAAAUACGCAUUCCCUGACCAGGAGUCCGUGAUCAAGGCUUGCGCGGACAUGUGUGUCUGUCUGAGCAAAGAUACUGCCGAUGCAGACGACGGGUGGGAGACGAUGAAGCGGCAGCGAGCUGGGGAAGGGAUGACCAAGUUCAUCCAGCGUGAGGCUUCGAAUCUCGAGGUGGAACAGGAUUCUGAAGACGCGACAGCCGCGGACAGUAUGACAGUGGAGAAAAACCCGCACGCAAGCCAGCAAAUAAUAUCGUCACUGAAGGACAAAAAAGCACGAGGUCGGCUGCUGGUAGUCGUCGGUACCUAUAGUAUAGGCAAAGAGCGCAUUUGUUUGGGCAUUGCAAGAGCGUUGAAUUCGAAGAUCUAUGCUCCGCCCUCAAAGCAGCGCAUAGUGGCGGCAUUGGAAGAUGCGGAGCUGGAGGCGCGGAUGACCAAGGACCCGAAAGAGGCACAAGUGCAUAUGACCCCUCUGUUCGAAAUACGUGCAGACACCUUGGACGACUACCUCAAAGACUUCUGGCCACACUUUACACGAGCAGUGGGCUUCCGACCUAGUGGUUGGAAUUACAAGCCCCCCAAGAGCCGCUUCACGGAUAGCCCGUUGGUGUCAACGGUUCUGCAAUCGGACAACUGGAAGAGCACGUACAGCAUGCGCGAACUCGUGCCACAACGAGGCAGCUCAAGCCGAGCCAGCUGUUUCGGCGUUCCUUACAGCGAGCAUUCUAGCUUCCGAGAGUUGACGGUGUUUUGCUGCGCGUUACGAAUCGACAAGAUUAUCCCCACGGUCAACGUGGGCAGUGCGAAGGGGCGUGAACGGAUGAAAGCGUGGUGUGAUCGCUGGGCAGCGGAGCGAAGAAAGAAUGGGCCUUACAAGAUUCUGGAGGGCGACAAGUUCUAGCAUGUGGACGUGCUUCAGAAGAUGGUCUCCUCAGAUGUUUGUCUAACUGUACCUGGAUGAAUGGAUGACUGCUCAGAGAUAUAUAUUGCAUGUGUCGUGAAGUAAAGGCCGUCCAUGAUUUGGACAGGCAAGCUCGUAUCAGCGCUCAGCUAGCAUGUACUGUACAUUACACUAAUUAUAUCAACAACAAGUUGGUAGGCAAUGAUCUCGAC